AUGCGCCCGACCCUCAAGACUGCCGCCUCGCCAAGCAAGAACCGGCGCCCAAAGUCGCCCCUCGGCAACAAAAAGACCCGGCUUGUUCAAAAGUCCCUCAACAAAAAGACCGACGAGCUCGUCAAGGCCGCCAAUGUCCUCAGCGAAAAACUCAAGCGGCUGCAUCUCCGGGACACCCGAACGUCGUCCAGCAGCUCUCACAGCCACCACAAGCACUCCGAUGACGAUUCGGCGCGUAGCAGUCGAGACGGCCGCGAUUCGAGAACGAGCCUCAGAGAAUCUUCCUCUCGCCACCAUAGAUCAAGCGAUGCCCAUCGACGCAGCAGUGAUUCCCAUAGACGCAGCAGCGAUGCCCAUAAACGCAGCAGCGACGGCCAUCGACGCAGCAGCGAUGGGCAUCGACACAGUUCCCACCGGAGAGCCGAGCGCGAGAGUCAUGACCAGGACCCGUUUGGCCACAGCAACUCGCCCAGAGCUCAUCGUCGCUCCAUCUCCUCGCCCGAGCGACGAGCCGGUAAUCACUCGUCCAUCUUUGCAAACCACGGCUACGACGACGUCACGCCCACCACCCGAGCCACAUUCGUGGACAUUCCCGCCCCGUCUGCAAUCGUACCGGCUGUCUCUCCUCUGCCCUUGGCCUCGCCUGCUUUGGGCCAUCCCUCACCGCAGCAUCGCGCCGACGGCUCAGUACUUCAGUUUCCCAGCCCUGCUGCGAGGCAUGAUCUCUCGGCACAUACCGCCCUGCCCGAUCCUGGCCUCACUGCUGCCUACCACCACCUCGAGAAAGAGUAUCUGGGCCUCCAGAGCCAGAAUGCCUACUUUCAGGGCCAGCUUCACGACCAGGACAGCAAGAUCAAGUCGCUCGAGACAGAGCUGCAGCGGCUACGAAGCGCACCGCCGCAGGUGCAGUCGUCUCCAGCCGACGCCUUCCAAAAGAUGAGACUCCUCACGCUGGAGCGAGACCACGCCGCGCUGCAGAGCGAGGUGGAGGUGCUCCGAGCCGUCAAGGAACAACUCAAGGAGGAAAAGAAAGAAAAGUCCAAGGCCAAGGAGCAGCUCGAGGCCACCCAGAAAGAGCUCUACGAGGCCCAGAUGAAGCACUCGCGCUCUGCAAUGGAGAUGAAGUCGCUGCUCGAGCAGACCGAGAUCCUGCGCCGCGAAAACCGCCGACUGGUCGACCAGCAGGACCAGCUCAAGAAGCAGCUCGUUUCGAUGGAGAAUGCCCAGCGCGAGCCGCUCUGCCAAGAGAUCGACGAGGGCCUGCGCAUGCGCAUCUCCAAGAACAUUGUCCAGGAGAUCCGCCGGGUCCAGGAAGUCGACCUCUUUCUCAAGGAAAAGGACGUGCGCUGGUCCUUCUGCAUCGAAGCGCUGCUCGAGGGUCUCGAGAAGCUCCGGUUCACCGUCGCGAACGGGAAUCCCGCAGUCAUCAAGCUCAUCGCCGAGAUGACUAGCGUCUUUGGCACCGUCUCCGAGGGCAUGUUUGGGAUCAUCAAGGAGGCCAAGGACGUGGACCAGAAAAUAGCCCGGCUUCGCGAGGACAGCAAACGUGUGCGGGAAGAGGCCGAGCGUGUUGUGCGGGAGCUCAACGAAAGGUAUCUGCAAGAUCGGCAAGAGCUGCAGCGGCUCAACUCGGAUCUGCGCAAAGAGCUCGACGAGAAGCAUGGCGAGACCAAGAAGACCAAGAAGCAGCAGAAGCAGCAGCGGUCGCAGGAGCAGCUCCACUUCCAAAAUCUGCUGGAGGAGCAGCGGCAGCGCUUCCAAAAGCAGUUCGGGGACCUCGAGCAGGAGAUGCGGUCGCGCGAAGAAGCUCUGCAAGCCGAGAGCCGAAAGCAUGUGGAGUUGAUCGAGGCCCGUGAGAAGGAACUGAUCCGCCGAGAAAACGAGGCGCGCGAUGUCAUGAUGCAGCUGGAUGCUCGAGAAGCCCAGCUCGCGACGGCAAAUGCCAAUGCGAACGCCGCUCUGGCAGCCAUCCAGCAGCAACAACAGCAACAGCAACAGCAGCAGCAGCAGCAGCGGCAUCAACGAGCUCAUUCCCAGCGGGCCAGGCAGAGAUCAAAUCGGUCGGACUCGUCGUCGUCGAGCUGCACCAACUCGCUCGCUGAGCCCCCGCACGCCUCGAACCCAUCCCAGGACCUCGAGAAGCAGCUCUAUGCCGCGAGCUACGACCAAGCCGCGCCCUCGACAGUGACCUAUAUGAGGCAGAUCGAAGAGCUGACCGCGAUGAACCUUGGCCUCAAAAAGAACGAGGAGCAGCUGGAACGCACCAUCCAGGAGUGGAAGAAAGAAAAUGCCUCGCUCCGGGAGCUGGUUGCCAAGUACGAGAACAACCCGCGGGAAGACGAGGCCGAGAUCACCCGGCUCUGCCGCACCAUCCAGACGCUCGAGAUCAAGCUCGAAGACGAGAAGCUGCGGACGAAAAAGUCCAUGGAGCUGAUAAAGCAGCUCAAGUCGGAAUUGGAAAUGCUCAAGGCCGGGGCUGUGGACUCGAAUCUCCGGCGGUCCAGCUCGACAGAAUCGUUCCAUCUUCAGUCCGACAUUCUGAAGGAGCUCCAGAGUCUCGUCAAGGCCAAGCUUGAGGUGCUGCACCGCGGCAGCACUCCCACUUCCAGUUCCAGCCCCAAGGCAACGAGCGGCAGCUCGCCCCAGGCGCGGCUUUCGCCAGAGUGGCCCGGCGUCGAGGAUGUCCUUCGUGAGAACCAGUAUAUCGCAAAGCGGCUAAAGGAGCUGGGGGACAUGAUCGAAGAGCAAGUGGCUCAGUCGGAACAGCUCAGGGCCGCCAAUCGGCAGCUCUCGGAAGCGCUUCAACAGACCCGGAGCAAAGUCAGGACAAGAGAGUCUCAGUGGGUAGCAAAAUACCAGCGGUCCGUCGAGGAGAGCCUCAAGAUCACCGAGCAAUACCAGGGACUCGAAGGCCUCUUGGGCGACUACGAGAAGCAAUUUGAGACCAUCUUCAUGCUUGCUCGAGACUACUUUGCUGCCAUCGGCGAGCCCUCGAAUGCCCCCCAUGUGGGCAUGCAAGCCCCGGCGGCGACAACUUUUGAGCACCCGCUCCCGUUCACGUCACACUUCACCCAUCUCCAUGCCCUCUACACAAGCUCCAGGCACAGCGCCGCGCAUCUUCAGCAGAAGCUCACCGAAGACGCAAAGGCCCUCGAGCAGCUGCAGGAUCAGCUCGAGUCCGAGAGAGCCACAUGCAGCGCCAAAACACAGCUUGUCUCGGAGCUCAGCGACCAAUACGAAACAACCAAGAUGAGGGUCAUCCAGCUCGAACAGCAGACCAAGAGCCUUGAGGAGCAAAAGUGCGAAGCUGAGCGCAAGCUCAAGCGCAUCGUCAGUGGCUACCAAGUACUCUUGACCGGGGCCAAGUCAUAGUAGACAGGGAGGCAGAGAGAAAGAGAUGGAGAGAGCGCCCAAUGGUGUCUCGAUCCGUUUACAGCCCAUCAAUAAAACACGGGACACCACGGAUUUUGGUUGUUGAACAAAUAGUU